AUGGGCCUCACGCAACAGUUUGUGAUCCCCAACGCAGACGUGGGUCGGGGGCAUGUUGUGCAGGCGCUGCACCCGUCCUCGCCGCUGAUAGCGGUGGCUGGCUCAAAAGAGCGCGUACUCAUCACGAGCAAGCUGGGUAAGGUGGAGCAUCAGUUCCCCAUGCCGGGUGUUGUGGACAUGGCAUGGGAGUGCGGCAGCGACACGCUCGCCAUCAUCACCAGCCGCUCCUCUGCGGUGCACUUGUACACGCAUCGCACACACCACAGCGACACCAUAGACACAAAGCUGAGUGACCUGUGCUUCAUCUCCUGGUCCCCUGCGCAACCGCUAUUCGCCGCCGGCUCGAAGAGCGGUCAAUUUGUACUGUACAACCGGAGAACACUGCGGCUUGUGCCCGUUGUGGGGACGCACACGAAGCAGGUGAUCUCCGCCGUGUGGACGCAUGCGCAGGACCACCGUCUAGUGAUUAUCUCCGCAGACUGCACCUUGUCCAUAUCUGACGCUGAAGGCAACAAGCUCCAAACGAUUCCAUUGCCAUCUAUACCGAAGUCGGUGUGUGUCUCUUGGGCGCCCGGCUCGCCGAAGCAUUUGAGUCUCGCUGCUGUGAACCUGAUCACCGCAGUACUGGUUGUUGACCUUCGCUCCUUCACAACGUCAGGCGGCCAAUUCAACGGCAAUCUUGGCCCCAUCACGUGCCUGACUGCCGGCCGCAAUGGCGAGUUCGUGGCGGGGUUCAAGAGCGGCGCGGUGGGUCUGCUGGACCUGGCCGGCAGCGAGGUACGGCUGCGCAGUUCCGUGAGUGUGUCGAAGGACGCCGUACACAUGGUGAACUUCGGCGAAGGCAGCGGUCUUGUCGCGGCUGUCGCUGAGCACCGUGUGUGUCUUUUGCGUAUCAACGAUGAUGGUAUCGCUGCUACCGGCGACGAGGCCACGUUGGGCCUCGGCGACGGCGUGCCAGAGUCGCUCAAGUGGUCGAGAGACGGCCAGCAUCUCCUCCUCGCCACGGACCAGGGCAAUGUCACCGUAUUCACACUAAACGUGCUGAACGUCAGCGCCUCAUACGGCACGCUUGUCUUUUCCUUUAUCUCCACCCGCACUAUUGGAGUGAAGAACUUGCAAGAUAGUCGUGUGGUAUGCACAGUGCCCGUAAACAGCGACCCAACCUUUAUGGCAGCGGGCAUGGCGAUGCUGGGCAUCGGCGAGAACAACCAGGUGUCCUACUACGAGUAUUUCAUCCCCAAUAGCCUCGCAUGUCCCAUGGCGGACCUGGGCAAGAAUCUGUCAGAGGCGCCACAGCAGGCGCACUCGAGGUUUCUGAGGACGGUGGAGUACACGUCGACGGUCACCGACCUGAAGGUGAACUCACAGCUAGCGGCGGUUGUGUGCGACGGGCGAGUGCAGUUGAGCCCAAUCCGCGACACCCCACAGGCUGCCGCGCCCUUGUACUUCCCUCAGAGCGGUGACACGCGCCUCGUCUCCAUCGGCCUCUCCGAGGUGUUUUUCCUCUACGCGACGACGAGUCGCGUGAGCGUCUACGCGCUGCACAACAUGCAGCAGGUGGCCACGUUUGCAUGCAACACAGGUCUCAAGCGCGCCUUCCCGAAUCCCGCCUGCACGCGCGUCGCCUACGUGGACGAAGGCAACAAGCUCUUCAACCUGAAUCUCGUGACAGAGGUGGCGAACAAGGCGGAAGGCUUUGAGUCGGACCAGAAGACGGUGCUAUGGGAUCAGGCAGAGGCGACGAUCUUCAUCACGCACGACAGCCAGAAGUGUGUUACCUUUGUGAAUACACCGCACAGCCGCCACGGCGCGACGUGUGAAUCGGUGCUGGUGAAGGAGAGCAGCAGCACGAACCUGUACACGCCACUGCCGCCCAACUACACCCCCAUCACACUCUUUCGCGGUGCGGUUGUGUGCCAGACGCCGAACGGGACACUGGACUCAGUGCCGCUGCACACGCACAGUAACAUCUUCUUGCGGACUCCUAACGCUGAGGCAUUCUAUAACAACUUUUCGCUGAAUCGGCUGCGAUGGUCAUCGAACAACAUUUCGGCACCACAGGAGGCAGAGGACUUGGCUGUGAAGGCACUGCACAUGCUGGACGUGGAGCUGGCAAUCCGGGUCUACCGGCAGUUGUCGCAGCCGAGCCUGGUGCUGUGCCUGGAGAAGAUCCGCCACAUCCAUGAGAAGAAUCUGCUACUCGGCCACGUGUCGAUGAUCAUGGGGUACAUGAAGGACGCGCAGAACUUCUUUCUCCGCUCCUCGCAGCCGCUCUGCGCCUUGGAGAUGCGGCGCGAUAUGAUGCAGUGGGAGUCCGCACUCUCCCUCGCAGAGCAGCUCGCACCAGAGGAAGUGCCCAUCAUCUCGCGCGAGUAUGCGCAGCAGCUCGAGUAUCGCGGUGAGUACGUAAAGGCGGAGGAGAUGUUUCGGCAAGGUCACCGCAAGCCGCCUACAGGCCACGCGAGCACGGAGCUGGCGGUGAGCGUCCGAGAAGUGGAGCGGCACAACGAGCAAUGCUGGCAGGGUGCAGCCCGCUGCCAGAUUCGCACCGGCAACAUCGCCGAUGCGAUGAAGAUUGCGAAGGAGUCGACAGACUUGUCAUUCGUGAAGGACUGCGCGAAACUUUGCGAGGACAACCACAAGCACGAGGAGGCGGCGCAGCUCUACGAAAAGGCCGGCGACCUCGAGCGGGCGGCGACCAUCUACAUUGAGCGCUGCAAGAACCUGAAGGCGGCGUCUCGCCUGCUGCCCCUCAUCAAGUCGCGCAACAUUAUUGGCAUCUACGCCCAUGGCAAGGAGGCAGACGGGGCCUUCGCGGAGGCCGAGAAGGCGUACCUGCAGGCCGAGGACUGGGACAACGCGGUGCGGUUGAGGCUGGACAUGCUGAACGACCUUCAUGGCGCCUACGUCAUUGUACGGGAGACCCGCUCCGCCACCGCAGCUACACUCGUUGCCAAGAAGUGCAAGCUACAGAACGAGUAUGGCACUGCGGUCGAGUUUCUCGUGCUGGCCAAGUCGCUUACCGAGGCGUUCGAGCUGGCAAAGGCGCACGAUUGCAUGUUCCAUUUUGAGAGUGCCCUGCUGAAUCAAGUUCAGCUGAAGGACGGCGUCGCCCCGCUCGUGAACCAGGCAGACUUCACCAUGAUUGCGGAGUAUUACGACAACAACGGCAAACCUGGCCAGGCUGGCAUGUACUAUCACAUCGGUGGCAACUACCCUAAGGCGCUCACAAAGUAUCUCGAGUCGGGGCAGCCCGAGGACAUCGAGAAGGCGGUGGAGGUGGUGGGUAAGGCGCACAGCGACAGUCUGACGAACAAGUUCAUUGAUUACCUCAUGGGCGAGUCGGAUGGCGAGCCAAAGGAUCCAUCGUACAUUUUCAAGCUCUACUUAGCUAUGGGUAGCUACGAGAAAGCGGCGAAGACAUCCAUCAUUAUCGCGGCGAAGGAGCAGGAGAUGGGCAACUACAAGAGCGCGCACAAAACCCUCGUUGAGGCCUACCGCAUUCUUCUGCGGAAGAACAUACGCGUGCCGAACGACCUGCGCCGCACGCUGAUGCUACUACAUUCAUACAUCAUUGUCAAGGAUUUGCUUAAAAUCAUGCACUAUGAAGAUACGGCGUGCCGCAUGCUGCUGCGCGUGUCGCGCAACAUCCAAAAGUUCCCGAAGCACAUUGUCACCAUCGUCACCACGACUGUGCUGCAGUGCGUCAAGUCAAACUUCAAGAAGUCCGCCUUCGAGUACGCCUGCUUCCUCAUUCAGAACGAGACGUACCGGACGGAGAUGACGGAGAAGUCCCGCAAGAAAAUCGAGGGCAUCGUGCGUCGCCACACCAAAGAUGACGCUGCCGACCCAGUUGAGCCGACGCUGCCGUGUCCCUACUGUGACGCGCCCGUCGCCGAGACAGAGCUGGACUGCGGUGCCUGCAAGAACACGAUCCCGUUCUGUAUCGUGACAGGCAAGCACAUCGUAAAGAACGACUACGCGGCCACUCCUUGCUGUGGCUUCCUUGCCACCUACUCGGCGUUGAUGACACGGCUGAAGGAGACGCUCACGUGCCCGGUUUGCGAGGCGAUAAUCGACAUCAGUAAAGUGAGCCGUGAGACCGAGCCGGACUUAAAGACGCUUCUUUAG